UGCGCGAUGGACAGUAGCAGACGCUUGCAGCAGUUGCAGCAGGCCAAUUCUCACCUUGCCCCUCUGUCUGCUCCCCAACUCGCUCCAACCAAUGCAAUCGAUUAUCGACCGAGGUCACCGCUGUUCCCACAAAUAUCGUCACAGGCGUACAACAAUAGCGAUGGGUGCAAAACGCCGCUGCUACAGCAGUAUCCGCAGGAUGUAUAUGAACGUCGAUACGAAGAAUACGAGCGUUCAAUGGCCGCUGCUCCACUACUUCUAAAGCAGCAGCCGCAUCAUCAUCACCAUGAAAAUGAUCAACAACAGCAACAACUGCAGCAGCAUCCAUACCAAGCUGCACCAAUGAUGAGAGCGCCGUCGCAACAAUUUCAUCAACAUCAGAUGUAUCAACAGUUUCCAAAUCACCAACAUAACCACAACCACAAUCUUUCUCAACAUAAUGCUCUUCCCCCUCAGCCCCCUUUAUCUCCGCCACCUACAACGCAGUCUCUCUUACCUAACUCAACGUCAAAUUCCUCAAUCUCAUCUCGAUCCCAUCAACAACCGCUGUUACUUCAAGAGCAAUACCGCCAACUUCAGAGGGCCAGAACUCAGCAAAGAAUAGAAUGUCAAGCACGUGCUGCACUGAAUCAGCAGCGCACAUUUGCAGCGAGACAGGCGGCUUUAGCAGCCGCUUCUGGUAACCCAGCGAUUGCCUGCGCCAGCCCAGUUCCCAGUGUUGUUGUAAGCGUAACUCCGGUUAGUAAUAGCGGGACUGGUGUUGGCAACAGAGUGCAAGGCGAAGAUGGAUUCGAUGUUUCUACGCCUGGCGCUAGAAAACCAUCAGGAAUAGAUUCUCAUCAUUCUGACAAUCAAAAUUACAUGCCUCCCCAAAAUCAUAGAAGACCAGAUGGCGCACAACAAGAAAAUCCAAUGUUUUCUGCUCAGUCUAACAGGAGAGUGCCAGGGGUGGACAAUUCUCAACAAAAUAUGUACCCAAAUAAUAGAAGACCAGGUUUGGAAAAUGCCCAACAAGAUAAUCAACAAUAUCCUAGAAGUGCACAAAUUGAUUUUAAUCAAAGAAGGCAAAUGGAAAAUAUGCAGCAGGAUAAUAAUGCACUAAAUUAUAUGAGGAGGACAGGCGCAGAAGACAAUCAAAUUUUUAUGCCAAAUAGAAGGCAAGAUAAUCAGGAAAAUCAUGGGCAAGUUAUUAGGCGAACUACCGAUGAUGCUAACGCUCCGGUUGUGCCGCCUGGUAUCAGAAAGGUUGACGGAUCAGAGAAUCAGAAAGUGACUGGUAGCAACAAUUGUAGAGACAACGUUCGCAGUCCUGUUACUGUAAUGCAACCCCCUCCUAUAUCGGCGAGCAAUUCCAGGCGAGAAGUUUUACCUCCUAAUGCAUCAUCAGUGGCAACUCGAGAACGAAUGCAAAGCCCUGUGCCAACAAUAAACCUUUCGCAACAACAAGCACCUCAAGUACCCCCAAAACCAUCUGCUCAAACUGCAAGACAAGCACAACAUAAUUUGUAUGUGCAACCUCAUCCUAACAAUGGUGAUCAAUCGAUUAUUAGUCCAAUUGGCAGCCCUGGAGCACCAACCUAUGCUAGCAGCCCCGCUAAUCAGACACAGAAUAGUCCACAGAAAUAUAGCCAGGGAAAUCUUUACAGUCAAGGUCCGACUGUUAACAAUCAACAACAGCAAUAUUAUAAUCAGCAAGGAAAUGUAAAUUUACAACACAGCCAAGUCAAUCAAAGUAAUCAACCUGUUAACUCAAAUCCAUUUUAUCAAUCUAACCAGUCUUCAGGCCAAUCAAAUGAACAAAUAAGUUCUCAGCCUUCAACUCCUUAUCACCAACCACUUACUCAACCACAAAGAUCGAAAAGCAUUGCUAGCAGUAUAACAAGUAGUAUUUCUUCAAAUAGCAUUAUGGUUAGAGGUCCAAUAGCCAGGAGACCUAUGGAUAGUGUAGUGACAAUUUCUGGGUGGCUACACAAGCAAGGUUGCGAUGGCUUAAAAGUAUGGAGGAAGCGGUGGUUUGUUUUGACCGAUUACUGUUUAUUUUAUUACAAGGGACAAGAAGAAGAGAAACUUCUAGGCUCUAUAUUAUUGCCAUCUUACACUGUUUCAAUAUGUACACCUGAUGAAAAGCACCAUCGCAGAAACUCUUUCAAAUGCGAGCAUGCCAAUAUGAGAACUUAUGUUCUGGCUGCUGAUACACCUGAAGCUAUGGCGUUAUGGGUUCGAGCUUUAAGAGAUGCAUGCACAAUGCAAUGUGAUGAAAGCUCGCACCAAUCGCAACCAUCAGUAUCUAACAGUGAUACUUCAACUUCACUUCAGCAGCAGGCAAUUAGUGCACCUGUACCACAGGUAUUGAAUCAACAGCAACAACAGCAUAUGAUAAGUCAACAGCAACAACAACAAAUAUUGAAUCAACAGCAGCAAAUGUUGAAUCAACAGCAACCUCUUUAUGCAAAUGCACCCCAUAGGGUGAGAUCUCCUAAUGAACCCCAAUGCUAUUCACCUGUGCAUGGCGGUCAAGAAAGGUAUGAUGAAUCAGCCUAUGGCGCUAGACCCCAAUCAAGGAGAAUGCAUCAGGAGAUGGCUCGUUCUCCAAUACCUUCUGAUGCAAUUUAUGAGACACAGCAGCAAUUACAGGGACGGUUAUUGCAACAACAACAAAAUAUGGCACCUAAUGUUUCCAAUUUACAUCCAGGAUUUAGUCACUCAUACACAAUGGAUCAUAAUGCACAGAAACAACACCAAGCCUUCUUAUCAUCUCAGAGGCAAAAUGCAUAUAGCAAAACCAUGCCUGCUCCAGGGCAUGGUCCUGUUAGAGAGCUCAGGUCACCUUAUGAUAUGGAGUCAUCCUAUAUGCCUGAAAAUACUGAGAAUAUAAUUAGAGCUCCAAGAAGAUUCCAGAAUCCCAAUGAAGAAUAUGAACAAUAUACUCAACAGAAUGUAACAAACGCAGCUCAAACUUCUCAGUUGAGAACUGUGCAAAAAUCUAAUGAAAGGAGAACACCUGAUACUUACGGUAGAUCUAGGCAUGCCAGACAGCAAUAUGCAGCAUCAAUAAAUGCUGCCAAUGCCAUGGCUGUAACAGGAUGUCAAAUAGAUGCUGAAACUAGUGCAAUGCAGCAGUCCGCACCCAGCAAUGCUGGUGACUAUGAAGAUUUAUAUAAUGGGUACAAAAGACCUAUGAGUCCGGCACCAAAUUCACCUACUUCUUCAACUGGUCUUGGUAAUUUGAAUCCCCAAAGCAGGGCCGAACUUGAAAGGAGAGGCAUUAUUUUACCUCAUGGGUAUAAUGAUGAACAGUCAGCAGCUCCUGUUCAAUUGCGUCAUAAACAAAACAAACGCCAAUUAAAUGCUCAAUCCCAAAAUCCUUACCAAACAAGACGGAAUGUAAUCCCAAGGCCUCACAGCGCCGAUUUCCUUGAGUAUGAAACGAAAGCGUCUUCUAAUCAAAAUUCAACUAUGUCUGCUACUUCAGCUCAUAACAUCAACCAGAACUCCAUUCCAGUAAAUAAUAAUGCUAUCUCUGGAGGCGAUUACGGUAGUAGUAACCGCAGUGCCAGAGAUCGUUUAAUGAGGCAAAGGCCGAAGAGCAGUCUUGACAUGCCCAUUGGAGACCAGAUGUACUACUCAGAAAAAAGUUAUGCAGAGAUGAUGCGACAGAGUGCGCUUUAUGUGGAUGCUGUAAAGAGUGGUGGUAUUGAUGGAGCAAAUAGGCAGAGAAUUUUAGGGGGAGGGAGGAUGUAUGAAGAUAAUAAUGCGGGUAAUGAAAUACCUAAUAAGUCACAUUCAAUACAUCUUAGCAAUGAUGUGCAGAACUAUGAUGAAGAAAUUCGUGAAAUGUCUCAUUAUUCACAAAAUCGAGAUUUUGUCAACAGUUACAGUGUGCCUAGACAAGGCAGGGAUCAGCAUAUAGAUGGGUCCAACCAAUUUGCCAGGUCAGCGAGUGCUAGGUUAUUCCGUAACAACAAAGAUCAGGAUGAACCUUUAGAGCAAGGUGCCAAAAAGGUGCAACAGCGUGAAGAAUCUAUGAAACGUCUAUUGGAGUGGAAGCAGCGCAUGCUGCAAGCACCUCUCAGCCGCAGCACUACAGGAGUGAUUGAUGCAGGUUCUGCCACUGCUAUAAACCCUUCAAGUAACGUCAAUAGAACAAUGUCACCAGCUCCAAUGAUCUCAGAUAGUAAUGGGGGAUUGAAUUCUACGAAACAAAGGCAAAGCAGUUAUAACAGUUAUUCGUCGGAUGAUGAAGAUGGAUGGCAGGCAGGAAGCACGAGUAGUCCCCUCACUACCACCACCACUAGCACAAAUCACCACCAAUCUACUUCAACAAAUAAUAAACCGCCGAAGCCACCGGGCGAUAAUAGAUCGCGCGCCGCCAAUAAACCGCCAGCCGAGACGCACCUAAAAACUCCAUUGAAAAAGUUCGGAAGCGUUUCCGAACAUCCGCCGCCGCCGUCGCCGUCUUGUACGGUUUGCGUCGAUUCAAACGCCGCCGGACCGUUGUGUACCGCUUGCUGCGGCACCGGCAAAGCGUUAACGAACGAUACCAAAUCAGAUAAUAAUAACGAAACUGUUGCAUCGCGUUGUAGAUUAUUCGAUGAAUCUGUAGUUUCGGCCAAAAGGCGUAGUAGCGAUAACUUACCGCCAAGAACUUCCCGUGACGGCGUUUCCGGCGAUAAGCCGCCGUCUCGAACUAAUUCUUAUGCAUCAGAUAAGAGUAGCAUUUCAGUAACUGAUGGCAAAUCACACGUAUACCCUGAUGAUGUCUUUAAUACUAAUAAAGAAUUACAAUUCGCCACCGGGCAAACGCCGCGUAAAAGCCAUGAAUUAAAAAAAUUACCAAAACAAGAAGUUAACCAAAAUAAAGCAUUAAACAUUCACUACGUUCCUGUGUACACGCAAAAUAGCCGUAUGUCUAAGAAAUCAAAUGCGGCAGAGUUUGAUACAAAGACUACUUCACUAAUAACACUUAAUGUUCAAGAUGAAAGCAUUUCUACAUUACUGAAGAUGCAAAGCGGCAGCUUUGAUUUAUCAAAUAAUGUACAAAGUAAAGACGUGGAAGAUGAUCAAAAUGGAACCACAUACACUGACGGAGAUAUCGAUGAAAUUUUAGGAAAUGAUACAGACGUUACACCAACUGGUGAUGGAUCUCUAGAGAAGCAAGAUGACGUACAUUGUCUUACUCCUGUAAUGGCUGAGGAUCAUUAUUUACCAAUGAGUCCCAGGAAAAGUACAGAGUCCACACAGCUAACAGAAAGUUUGAAAAAUUUAGCUUUGUCAGAUACUGAGGAAAGUCCUUAUGUUGAAAUGACACAAGGUUUGAGUAAUAGCUCUACCCUAUAUGGCUCUUUAGACCGUGAUAAUAGUUUCGGUGAUACACCUUACGAAAUGAUGGUAGCAACAAGUAAACUUGAACCAGUCUAUAUGGAAUUAUGUCAAUUAAAAACUGGCGAAAAGAAACCGGAAAUUAUUAAGAACUCCAAAACUACUAAAAAAGUUCAAGUGAAAAAAUAUCAUGAUAUUAAAACUAUCAAAAAGCAUAAUAAUGAAUAUUUCAAGACGCGCGGGGAAUUACCCGAUAUUCUCAAAGCUUCACAUCAAAAUACUAUUCUCUCAGAUAGUUCCGACGCGGAUGAUGAGGCAUCCAGAGAUUUAGAUAGCCUAGAUACGCCAUGCCAUCCUAGAUUCAGCUUAUCCGAUACUUUUAGACCAGCCUCAUAUUAUUUAGGCGUAUCCCAAAAUGAAUUUCCAGAUAGUUCUGAUAGCGAAAUAGUAUCACCACCUCCUAUUCCUAAAUCUCUACCACCAAAUGAGGAUUUGAGCUCAAACUCCAGUAUAAAUUUGAGUAGAGAAUAUUGCUCUGACGCAGAUUUGCAUUCAAAACAAUCUCACAAAACUAGUCGAAGCAGUUUGCAGGAGCCUAUGGUUAGUAAUAAAUUGAAAUGGAGCAGCGGAGACAUUGACUACACUUGCCUAAGUCGUUAUAGUGUGGACAACAAGUUAUAUAUAGAAGGCGUUAAGAAGCAUGAUGAUUCCAGAACUACAAGCGAUACAGACGAUGCUGUAGGUUCAGAUCAUGAAGCUAAUAGACUAAAACGAAGACCCUUAAGCGAAGAAAAUGUUAGUGAGAUCACGUCCAUCCACAGUACAUUUGAUGAAAUUAUAGAAUCUGUAGACCUGGAUCAAUAUCUGAAGGAUCUUCAAAAUAAUGAGUUUAUGUAUGGAAAAGAAAUGUAUCCAGCACCGUUUGGGUGGCGUGAUAACGAACAAAGUAUAGCACAAGUACCUGAUGAGCAGUAUUAUGAAAACUUAGAAAUUAGAAAUACAGAUCUCUCUACAAAUAGUCAAGGGGUCUUUUAUGACUCUCUAGAGGAAAGAGAUGAUACGAACUCUAAAAGUCAUGUGGUAUCUUUGAGAGAAAAGAAUUUAUCUCUACAUGAUGCAAACUGCGGUGAUAGAGAUAGAACUGAUUGUGAAACAGAUGUAAGAUCGUCUUUAAGUCAUUUGGAUUUGCAACAAGCAACACCUUUACAUAGCCGAAAUAAUAGUAAUAUUUCAGAACAAUCUGCUCCAUAUUAUUAUUCCGAUAUUGCUUCUAGGAUGAGUUCCAAUCAAGAUGUGGCGUCGCCUCAUAGCGAUAAGAGUAAACAAAUAGAAUGUUCUACAAGCGAUAAUCUUAUGGAAGAAAGUAGAUGCGCUUCAAUGGAAUUUUUAAACAAACAUGACAACGUUGACAAACGCAAUAUUUACGAAAGUGAUACUUUAAAACGCAUUAAAUCUGCUAAAGAAGAUUCUACGAGUUUGUUUUUAAAGCACGAUAAGUGCGUAGUACAAGCACAUGAUCAAGGGUUUCAUUUGCAUACUGUAGAUUCGUUUCAAACUUCAUCCUCAAUAGUGGAUAUGUUGUUACAAAGCGUAGGCAGGGAAAAUUUAAUACAACCUCAAGACGAAGGAGAUGUUCCUUGGGAAGAGGAUGCUAUAUGGAGGGAAAGUUUGAGACGGGAAAGUUUAAGACGCGUCAGUGUAAGACACGCUAGAUCUUUGGACGAUCUUGACGGACUUGUCGAUCAAAAGGACUCAAAGCAAAAUAAAACAAAGUCGAGAUUAUCUCGAGGAGUUACUUAUGUCAAUGAUAGCUUAGCUACAAGCAGAAACAAAAGGACUAGGUGUUCCUCAGGUGUUAUUGAGGACGAGUAUGUCCAACUUGCUGUUAACAACGUUAGCGAUGAUGGAGUUUAUGAAACUUUACAAAACCGUCAUAACAAUUUAAAAAGCUUUGAUUAUGUAGAUAGAGAGAAAUUGAGGCAAUGGGAUUGGAUGUCGAGUGGUUUAGUGAAGAAUGACGCUAUUGGGGCGUCCAAAACUGGCGGUAAUACAAUUGGCGGCGGCGCGUCCGAUGAUAAAUCGGUGGCUUUGGCGGAACGGAAAGGUGAAACACAGUUAUCACCGGAUGGGCUCCUUGAAGCGUCUCUCACCAACAAAUUAGGGGUAUACCCAAAAGCAUCAACGCUACCAAUGCGUGCGGUCAGCCCUAGAUUAAGACUAAGUCAAGAAACUUUAUUACAAACGGAUAAAUAUACACAAAAACUUAAUGGAAAUGAAUAUUCAACAACAAAAACUGAUUACGACAAAUAUUAUUCGAGAAAUUUAUAUGACAGCGAUCUGAUAAACUCAGAUCCAAAUAGUGGUAAAUUUAUGUACAAGGAAGAUCAAGACAGGUACGGUAGUAAACAGGGAUUAAUAAGGGACUACGACGCCGAAUAUGGUUCCAGGGAAAUGUUUGUAGACGCAGAAUAUGGUUCCAGGGAUAAUUUAUUGGGCACAAAUCAUGGAGAGUAUGAUAGUAAUUAUUUGAGCAGAACUGGCGAAGAUUGGUCGAGACUGAGAAGAUCAGGAAGUCAAGUCGAUGAUCUCAACUUUAUUGAUCGGGACCAGAUAAAUAGGCAUUUAAAUGUAUCUGCUGGUGAUUUGUUGGGGCGUACACAUGAGGAAUUAGUUCUUCUGUUGAUUCAAUUGAGGAGACAAAAUGCAGCAACAGCAAGAGCGGUCGAGCAGUGUUGCAGUAAAAUACAUCAAUAUCAGAGUCGUCUCGGAAAAUCGAUCGACGAUUCCAAGCAGCGUGAAGAAAACUUGCAAAAAUUAAACGCUCUAAAACACCAUUUGCUCGAGCUGGAGAAGCAGUACGAGAAAGGUAAACCCUUGGUCAAUCUAGUGGACAAUAUGGUCAAGCUGGGAGCUCUUUAUAAAGGAAAUGCUAAACCGACAAACCAACGACAUAAUGGCGGUUAUUUGAAUGAUAAAUUGGAGUUUAAUCAGAGGCUGGAAGAAAGAAGGCUGAUGAAGGAAGAACAAAAAUAUUGGGAUAGUGCUAACGUGGAUGAGCAGCAAUUGCAAAAUAAAAUGCGGCAACUUCAAGAGUAUAGCGACCAACUUCGCGAGCAAUCAAAUACUUUACAAGGACUACGCAAAGAUGAAGAAUCGCUUCGAGGGGCUUUGGCAAGCUUAAAGACACGUAUGCAGCAGGGUCAACAAUUGAAGCAGACUCAUAGUACUAUGAAUUCUGCUGCUGGGAGAGCCGAGUUGCUGGAAAAAGCCAGGGAACAAGAGAGGGCUUUGGAACGAGAACUGACUAAAGUUCGGGAGCUCUUGGUGAAUAAUUCCAAGAAAUUAGAAAAUACGUUGUCCGCGAACUCAAGAGCUGAAGAUGAGUUACGAGUAAUGACUCACAGAUUUCAAGAAUCCAAAACCAAUAACGGUUCUCAACAGCAACUAUUGUUUAUGGGUAACAUGAAUAGCAACACUAAUGGAACUAGCAACAAUCAAACUGAUAGUGUGCCCUAUGCUGGAGGAGCAACAGCCUUACUUGAAUCGGAACUAAGGCGUGUGCAAGAAGUAGUCGGUGACAUCCAAAGACAGAGACAAGAAUUGAGUUUAGCUGUACGUGAGUUGACAGAUAGAUCACAAUAUGUUGAUAGAGAUGUCUUGCCUAAACAGACUUUAACAUCAAAUGCAUCUAUAAAGAAGCGGCCUCAAGCUACAUGGCUAGAAACGGACCUAGAUUUGAUGAUUACAUUGGAACAUGGUAUCAAUAUCGAAAGCGAUGAACAAACAAAAAAUAAUUUAUACAAGAACAUGAUAAACAAUACAACGUCAAAUAAUGGCUGCAAUUUAAAUGUUGAGAGUAGAAAUGUGGAGGAUGAUGAAGAUAGUGGUUCUGAAAACAAAGCUUUGGGAGCCCUGAAUGCAAAUUCUCAGGAGAGAUCGGAAGUAAAAACUGUGCGGAUCGUAAAACGAGAAAGUGAACGAAGACACCGAGAUCGAAAUGAAAAAACUCAAUCAUGGAAUUACACAAGUAAUUUGGAUCAUGUUAUGGAAGAAGAAACAAAUCGUCCUAAGUCUGUUUUUGAAAAUGAUUUAACAUCAAUAUCAUCUUCGAACCAGCAACGACCUUACUCAUACGCACAACAAUACAGUCGCAAUGCAAUAAAUAAUUCCAACUAUCCCUCGAAUGCAUCAACCAGUUUUCUCGGUGUUUCCAAUAACAUAUACACAUCCAAUAAUUAUUCAUCAGACAAUUUAUCAUCUAGAGAUCUACUAAACGAAAAUAAUUUGAUACUUAGUAAAUAUAAUUCCGCGGACCAUUUCUCAUCAUCACAAAAUUUGUAUGGAAAAUCGGAAUUUCCUUCUUCGCAGAAUUUGUAUGGAUCUCGUGAUCUCAAGAAUUUGUCAAAAUGUGAAUCCAUUGUUAGCCUUAGCAAAUCUGCUGAAUUGUCACCAGUUUUCCAUAGUCAAGCAGCUAAAGACAUAAUAAGUACGAUCAAUAUCAAUGAUGUGAAAACUGAAGAUAAAUACAACUCAAAGAGUGAAGUCAUGAUUCAUAAGAGACAAGUGCCUAAAGAGAAGAGGAGACAUUACACAGCUCCAACUAAUGAUAUCAAUAUGAAAGGAGUUGCUAAUAUGGAUGGAUCCUACAGCAAUGGUGGCACCACAGACUUAAGCUAUAGUAAAGAGGUUAGCAGUACUAAUAUUGCUUAUUUAUGUUUUGAUAUACAAUUAACUUUCCUAAGGAAUGGAUGGCAGGCAGGAAGCACGAGUAGUCCCCUCACUACCACCACCACUAGCACAAAUCACCACCAAUCUACUUCAACAAAUAAUAAACCGCCGAAGCCACCGGGCGAUAAUAGAUCGCGCGCCGCCAAUAAACCGCCAGCCGAGACGCACCUAAAAACUCCAUUGAAAAAGUUCGGAAGCGUUUCCGAACAUCCGCCGCCGCCGUCGCCGUCGCGUCUUGUACGAUUAUUCGAUGAAUCUGUAGUUUCGGCCAAAAGGCGUAGUAGCGAUAACUUACCGCCAAGAACUUCCCGUGACGGCGUUUCCGGCGAUAAGCCGCCGUCUCGAACUAAUUCUUAUGCAUCAGAUAAGAGUAGCAUUUCAGUAACUGAUGGCAAAUCACACGUAUACCCUGAUGAUGUCUUUAAUACUAAUAAAGAAUUACAAUUCGCCACCGGGCAAACGCCGCGUAAAAGCCAUGAAUUAAAAAAAUUACCAAAACAAGAAGUUAACCAAAAUAAAGCAUUAAACAUUCACUACGUUCCUGUGUACACGCAAAAUAGCCGUAUGUCUAAGAAAUCAAAUGCGGCAGAGUUUGAUACAAAGACUACUUCACUAAUAACACUUAAUGUUCAAGAUGAAAGCAUUUCUACAUUACUGAAGAUGCAAAGCGGCAGCUUUGAUUUAUCAAAUAAUGUACAAAGUAAAGACGUGGAAGAUGAUCAAAAUGAAACCACAUACACUGACGGAGAUAUCGAUGAAAUUUUAGGAAAUGAUACAGACGUUACACCAACUGGUGAUGGAUCUCUAGAGAAGCAAGAUGACGUACAUUGUCUUACUCCUGUAAUGGCUGAGGAUCAUUAUUUACCAAUGAGUCCCAGGAAAAGUACAGAGUCCACACAGCUAACAGAAAGUUUGAAAAAUUUAGCUUUGUCAGAUACUGAGGAAAGUCCUUAUGUUGAAAUGACACAAGGUUUGAGUAAUAGCUCUACCCUAUAUGGCUCUUUAGACCGUGAUAAUAGUUUCGGUGAUACACCUUACGAAAUGAUGGUAGCAACAAGUAAACUUGAACCAGUCUAUAUGGAAUUAUGUCAAUUAAAAACUGGCGAAAAGAAACCGGAAAUUAUUAAGAACUCCAAAACUACUAAAAAAGUUCAAGUGAAAAAAUAUCAUGAUAUUAAAACUAUCAAAAAGCAUAAUAAUGAAUAUUUCAAGACGCGCGGGGAAUUACCCGAUAUUCUCAAAGCUUCACAUCAAAAUACUAUUCUCUCAGAUAGUUCCGACGCGGAUGAUGAGGCAUCCAGAGAUUUAGAUAGCCUAGAUACGCCAUGCCAUCCUAGAUUCAGCUUAUCCGAUACUUUUAGACCAGCCUCAUAUUAUUUAGGCGUAUCCCAAAAUGAAUUUCCAGAUAGUUCUGAUAGCGAAAUAGUAUCACCACCUCCUAUUCCUAAAUCUCUACCACCAAAUGAGGAUUUGAGCUCAAACUCCAGUAUAAAUUUGAGUAGAGAAUAUUGCUCUGACGCAGAUUUGCAUUCAAAACAAUCUCACAAAACUAGUCGAAGCAGUUUGCAGGAGCCUAUGGUUAGUAAUAAAUUGAAAUGGAGCAGCGGAGACAUUGACUACACUUGCCUAAGUCGUUAUAGUGUGGACAACAAGUUAUAUAUAGAAGGCGUUAAGAAGCAUGAUGAUUCCAGAACUACAAGCGAUACAGACGAUGCUGUAGGUUCAGAUCAUGAAGCUAAUAGACUAAAACGAAGACCCUUAAGCGAAGAAAAUGUUAGUGAGAUCACGUCCAUCCACAGUACAUUUGAUGAAAUUAUAGAAUCUGUAGACCUGGAUCAAUAUCUGAAGGAUCUUCAAAAUAAUGAGUUUAUGUAUGGAAAAGAAAUGUAUCCAGCACCGUUUGGGUGGCGUGAUAACGAACAAAGUAUAGCACAAGUACCUGAUGAGCAGUAUUAUGAAAACUUAGAAAUUAGAAAUACAGAUCUCUCUACAAAUAGUCAAGGGGUCUUUUAUGACUCUCUAGAGGAAAGAGAUGAUACGAACUCUAAAAGUCAUGUGGUAUCUUUGAGAGAAAAGAAUUUAUCUCUACAUGAUGCAAACUGCGGUGAUAGAGAUAGAACUGAUUGUGAAACAGAUGUAAGAUCGUCUUUAAGUCAUUUGGAUUUGCAACAAGCAACACCUUUACAUAGCCGAAAUAAUAGUAAUAUUUCAGAACAAUCUGCUCCAUAUUAUUAUUCCGAUAUUGCUUCUAGGAUGAGUUCCAAUCAAGAUGUGGCGUCGCCUCAUAGCGAUAAGAGUAAACAAAUAGAAUGUUCUACAAGCGAUAAUCUUAUGGAAGAAAGUAGAUGCGCUUCAAUGGAAUUUUUAAACAAACAUGACAACGUUGACAAACGCAAUAUUUACGAAAGUGAUACUUUAAAACGCAUUAAAUCUGCUAAAGAAGAUUCUACGAGUUUGUUUUUAAAGCACGAUAAGUGCGUAGUACAAGCACAUGAUCAAGGGUUUCAUUUGCAUACUGUAGAUUCGUUUCAAACUUCAUCCUCAAUAGUGGAUAUGUUGUUACAAAGCGUAGGCAGGGAAAAUUUAAUACAACCUCAAGACGAAGGAGAUGUUCCUUGGGAAGAGGAUGCUAUAUGGAGGGAAAGUUUGAGACGGGAAAGUUUAAGACGCGUCAGUGUAAGACACGCUAGAUCUUUGGACGAUCUUGACGGACUUGUCGAUCAAAAGGACUCAAAGCAAAAUAAAACAAAGUCGAGAUUAUCUCGAGGAGUUACUUAUGUCAAUGAUAGCUUAGCUACAAGCAGAAACAAAAGGACUAGGUGUUCCUCAGGUGUUAUUGAGGACGAGUAUGUCCAACUUGCUGUUAACAACGUUAGCGAUGAUGGAGUUUAUGAAACUUUACAAAACCGUCAUAACAAUUUAAAAAGCUUUGAUUAUGUAGAUAGAGAGAAAUUGAGGCAAUGGGAUUGGAUGUCGAGUGGUUUAGUGAAGAAUGACGCUAUUGGGGCGUCCAAAACUGGCGGUAAUACAAUUGGCGGCGGCGCGUCCGAUGAUAAAUCGGUGGCUUUGGCGGAACGGAAAGGUGAAACACAGUUAUCACCGGAUGGGCUCCUUGAAGGUUAG